UCCAAGCAUCCACGUAGACGUCUGCAGUUAUAACCAGUCAUACCGCUUGCCGGCUCCGCAAACCAACUGAAUCGACAUCAUGCCACGUAAAGCUACCAAAAGUACUGGUGCGCCGGCUUCCAGGAGUUCCUCCAAACGUCCCGCACCGGACGUUCCAGCAAGGCAGUCUAAAAGAGCACGGGCUGCGAUUCGGAAAUCGUACGUCGAGCCUGAAAGCGACACGGAUAAUGAGGAUAGACCAAAGAAAGUUCAACUAUCCAACGGUGACUAUGACGAUGAUGAAGGGGUGGCCUCCGACUACGAGGAGCACAGCGACAAGGAUCCAUCGUCGGAAUCUGAGCCCGAUGAAACUGCCACUGACGAUGACAUCGAGAGCAAGCGGCCAACUCCGAGAGGGCGCACCACCAAGAACCUCCCUAUACACAAAAAGGCCGCCGAUGAGAAAGAGCUUUGGAGACCGGGAGCAAAGCUGGCACCAGGAACGCAGCUGGUCAUCAAGAAGCCAAAGGCCCGAGAUGCAGGCGACACGCCAUAUUUGGAUCACACAAUCCAUCCAAACACAAUGUUGUUCCUCAAGGACUUAGCAGCUAAUAACGACCGUCAAUGGUUGAAGCUCCAUGACCCUGACUUUAGAGUUUCAUUUCAAGAUUUCAUAACAUUCGCCGAGAAGGUAUCAGAUAAGAUUAUUGAAGCAGACGAGACCAUUCCCGAACUACCGGUCAAAGACGUGAUCUACCGUAUCUACAGAGACAUUCGAUUCUCAAAAGACCCCACCCCGUACAAGACUUACUUCUCUGCGGCUUGGUCGAGGACUGGACGAAAAGGUCCUUACGCGCACUACUACGUUCAGGUGCAACCCAAAGGCGGGAGCUUUGUAGGUGGUGGCUUCUGGCAGCCGGACGCGACGACCCUCGCCAAACUUCGACGCGACAUCGACCGUAAACCGCACAAGUUCAAGGCGGUUCUGACUGACGCCGGCAUUCGGGAGGCAUUCCUCGGUGGCGUGAAAGAUGACGAGAAGAAGGCUGUCAAAGCUUUUACGAGUCUGUCGAUGAAUCAGUCAAAUGCUCUGAAGCGCAACCCAAAGGGAUAUGACCAUGAUCACAAAGAUAUUGAACUUCUGCGGCUCCGCAAUUUUACCAUGGGGCGAAAGCUUACAGACGACGAAAUUGUCGGUGUUGGAGGUUUGGAGCGUGUGGGUGAGCUCGUAGCCAAUAUGGUGCCCUUUAUCACCUAUCUUAACAGCAUCGCGAUGCCCGACGAUGACACGUCAGACUCGAGCGACGGCGAUGGAAGCGAUGCCGAGCCUGACAAUGACAGCGGCGCUGCAGAGGAUGACGAGGCUUGAUGAAGGCAAUUUCAACAACGCAUGUUCGAGGCGCGGUUCUUCCAGCCGAAGUCAUUUGGAUGCACACAUUGGUGGAGCGUGGAGGAGUGGGCCACACAAGCGCGAAGCCCGCCAAUAGACGCCUGUGUAACCCUGCGGCAGUGGCGCUGACUGGUUGGUCCCAACUCAUCUUGCAUUAGUUUUACGCCCGUUCAAACUGCUUGCGGGACACUGCGGCGCUAGAAGGUCACGUUACUUAGUGGGCUGAGUAGGACCGAGAUAUGCGAGACUAAAGUUUAGCAGAUCGCAAUAGGAAAAGCCUUUCUACGACCCUGGUCCCAGUUCUCUCGCUCAAACGCGGGCCUGCCGUCUUUCCUUAGCGGCUUCUGCUUGGUUCCAGCGAGCCAGGGGAGGCAGCGCACGGGGCUCACUUUUCACUCGUCUUCGAUGAUGACCCGGUGUGCAUGGCUGACCGCAUCGACGCCAAAGUCUCAUCGAUGACAG